UUUCAUUUUAAGUUGUGCAGUGCAAUCGAUCGGUACGGAGCCGAGGACCACAUUCACGUUUUGGCUCUCGCAUAGAAAUUUCGGUACAUCGUUCAAAUCUCUUUUCCGCCCGUUAGAAAAAAAUGUCUUCCAAAUCCGCUUUUAAUUCUUGUUCCUAUGCGCAGGACAUCGGUCGCACAGAAAGUAGUAAAGUUUUCGAAAUUGAACAAUGCAUGUACAAUUUAUCAGAGGACUUUUUUCGCCAGACCACUCUACAAGAGACCGUCGCGCCGGUAGAAAGCGAUACGGGUGUAGUCUCACCGGAAGUGUUCGACGAGUCGCUCAACAAUGCUGCAGCAAGUGCGGCACAGUCCGUGCACCACAUAGCGGAUAUCCUUCAGCGUCCGAUUUCCGAUGAGCUCAUGAGAAAACUGUGCUUCAGCGAACUGCUGCUUGUGUGUGAUGGCAGCGAGACCAUCGUUGGAGGGGCCGUUAUCAACGUUAGCCUGAUAGCGGAAGAAGUAUUGGCGGCAUUUUCCAGCACCAGACUCACAAUUCUUGGACAUUCUACAGCCGAAAGUGAGCUGAUGUCAUUUGCGGACCGAAACUGUCGCCCGCUGCAGGAGCGCAAAUGCGAAACGCUCAUUUCUGGUACAAUCAGGCAGGAGAAACAAAUACAACUCUACUUUGAUGAGGCCCACAACGUCACAGCUUACAGGCAGGAGAGCAAUGGGUUGCAGACCGAAAGCUUUCACGGUUUGCUCUCGGGCCCGGGAAGGAGUGGGAAAGAUUCGCCUGACGACAACAGGCCUACUAUUUUGCCCGAUGGACUGCAGCUGCUACUCUUGCGGUACUUAGUUCUGUCAAACUUUGUAGGCGAAAUUUGCAGCCAAACAAUCGACAUUCAGGGAAGGGUUGGAAAUUGCAUUCACCACAUUUCCCCCGCUAUUCCAGUACCAAAGCAUCGACGCGAAGGUACAGCUCAAGCAGUGAAAGAGAUCAGAAAAUCGACUUGGUAUUCUGAUGGCACAGAGCCAGAAGAAAGUGUAUCGCAUUACGACGCCUCCACUGGGCGUUUGCUGCGGCACGGUUGGAAUAGUUCAAACUACAUCCUCAUUGAAAACCCGCUCGGUACGGCAUCCCCAAUGGCCGUAAAAGAACUCGAGCAAGGUAUGAAAGAUUACGUGCAAACCUUAUCGGGAUUGAUUAAAAACCGAGCCUCGGUGAAAGAGAUGAUCGACCAUGUGGAUUGCACAGUGAAAGAGAUGGAUCAAUGCCACAAAAUUGUAAAUCCGCUACUGAGAGAUAUCAUUAAGGAAGUAUGAAAACCGUAUUUAAGAAAUAAAAAUAAAAAAUUAACUAAACAAAGUUCAAAUGCGUAUA